UGGUACUGGAGUGUCUUCCAGUCAGAGGAAAUGAGUUGUUGUUUUCUCGUCCUGUGGUUCAGCUGAAUUACAGUUGCAGUCAACAGUCAGCAUGUAUUCUGGAUCGGACAGUGAAACCGACGACAAUGAGUACCCAUUGUUGCACAGCAGGUCGUUUGCUAAAGUUAAUAAAGCACCAGCAUGCUGCUCAGCUCGCUACGGUCUGGCCACACUGUCUUUUUUUGGAUUCUUCAUGGUGUACGCAUUGCGCGUGAACCUGAGUGUUGCCCUGGUGGAGAUGGUGAAGACCAAAGUGAGCAGCAAUUCAAGUUCCUCCGUGUGCCCACAUUCAGAUUCCCCUGGUGUGCAGCACAACACGACUGCCAGUGUGUAUAACUGGGAUUCGGACACUCAAGGUUGGAUCCUCGGCUCUUUCUUCUAUGGAUACCUAUUCACUCAGAUUCCUGGUGCAUAUCUGGCCAGAAAGUUUGGAGGAAAGUGGUUCCUAGGUCUCGGGAUUCUGGGGACAGCAACACUGACACUGCUUACACCAGUUGCUGCAGAACUGGGACCUGGAUACGUCAUUGGAAUUCGAGUUUUGAUAGGCAUUGGAGAGGGAGUAACAUUUCCUGCCAUGCAUACAAUGUGGUCCGCAUGGGCCCCUCCAAUGGAACGCAGUAAGCUGCUUUCUAUUUCAUAUGCAGGUGCACAACUGGGUACGGUAGUUGCUCUCCCGGCAUCUGGUUUAAUUUGCUUUUAUAUGGACUGGACGUAUGUGUUCUACAUAUUCGGUGCAGUUGGAGUGGGGUGGUUCAUUCUGUGGGCAUUUCUAGUUAGCGACACGCCAGAAACCCACAGAAAUAUAUCUAUUCAAGAAAAGGAGUACAUAGUGUCGUCUUUGAAAGAUCAGCUAAAUUCUUCAAACAAAAACAUUCCCUGGGGGUCUAUGCUGAAAUCUUUUCCAGUUUGGGCUAUUGUGGUGGCCCAUUUUUCAUACAAUUGGACUUUUUACACUUUGCUUACCUUAUUACCCACCUUUAUGGACACCGUUCUAGGAUUCAACAUACAACAGAAUGGCUUUUUGUCUGCACUGCCGUAUUUGGGCUGUUGGAUGGUGAUGCUCUUAGGUGGUCAGAUAGCGGAUUACAUGAGGGAGACUUGGUUGUACAGCACAGUUGCAGUGCGUAAGUUGUGCACAGCAAUAGGAAUGGUUGGUCCUGCUGUGUUUCUGGUAGCUGCAGGCUAUACAGGCUGUAAUUACAGCCUAGCUAUAGCUUUUCUGACCAUCUCCUCUGCACUGGGAGGGUUCUCUAUGUCCGGCUUUAACAUCAAUCACUUGGAUAUCGCCCCAUCUUAUGCUGGAAUUUUACUUGGAAUUACCAACUCUGCUGCUACUAUUCCUGGAAUGGUGGGACCAGUUAUUGCUAAAACCCUAACUCGUUCUAACACUAUUGAAGAAUGGCAAACUGUCUUUUACAUUUCUGCUGCUAUUGAUGUGUUUGGUACUGUGAUAUUCACAAUAUUUGGUAAAGGAGUUGUUCAGGACUGGGCAGUCCCAGGCUUUCACUCUCAUGGAAACUGAGAGUUCUCAGAGCCCUACACUGUAUCUGCAGACUGAUGUAUUUUGUACUUGGCUCAUGAGACCUGGCUGCAAAAUAUGUGUGCUGUAAUUCUGUUGCAGCCUACUGUGUCCUUUCAGGCUGCUUUAUUUUCUUUUUCCAGGUGCAAUUGGCCAGAUGUUGUUUUUCAGUGUACAGCCUAAACAGGUCUGUAUGAGUUCUUAAUUAGUCAAGAAAUUUACAUAUUUUUAAAUAAAGCAAACUAUUUUCCAAAUAUUUAAAUUAUAAAAACAUUUAGAAUAAAGGUAAGGUAGCUUUUGAUUUUUAAAAUCUUUAAAUGAUUGUGUACCAAGUAAUUUUUUUGUUGAAGCAAUCUGGUAAAUUUUGAAACUUACUUAGUUCUUAGUUUUGCUAUUGCUUUGUGCUUGCUUAAAGAAACACCCCUCUGUCUGUAAAGGCAUCCUUACAUAAAACUAUAUUAAAAAGAGUAAAUCUAACCUACAGCACAGGAAAUGUCAGAGUAGCAAGAAGCAAUAGCAAUUUAUAAUCCAUUGUUUUUUGUUUUUUUUAUUUAAUAAUGGGCACAAACAAUCAUGGAAAUAAACAAUCAGUGAUCUAAGAUAAAUGGGGCCAGUGAUGAGACUGGUAGUGCCAAUAAGCGGUAAGAAAGUGUAAUAGUAAAGCCUUGGUUAGAACUUUUUUCAGUUGGUUUAGAUCAAGGUUUACAACCAUGUUUGUAUGCAGAAUUUAGGAAUUAAACGGGUCAGUACAACUGUUUUGUAUCUAAACAAUAAGAACAGUGAACAUUAAUACAGCACCUUCUAUGCCAAAUACACCAUGUUAAUGAAAUGAAUGACUGUGACCGAAAUAAACCACAGGGUCUCCAGCGUGUCAGAGAUCUUCCUUUAUUCUCUGUGUGGGAUUAAAUCCAAUUUAGUUUAAAUGAAUACAGAAAAAAAGCACAUGGUUGUAUGAAUUAGAGGUAAAUAUAUACAUAAGAAUAGGAGAAUAUAUAAAUACAGCUUUGAAUUAAAAAUAAAUACAUGUAUGUUUCUAAAUUGAUUUAAUCUGUGCCUUUUCUCUGAGUUCCACAAGUUAAAACAAAUGUAGCUAAAGCCUUGGAAACUUUUGGUUUAAAAAACAAACAAACAAAAAACACAUAUCAUUAAAAAAUAAACACCCAAAGUUGAAGGCAUUACAAAAGGGGUCUUCAAGCCUUGCACAAACAGACCAUAUGUCUAUAGUCAACUAGAAAGUGUUGAACAAUCAAGUUGACUUGUGUUUACAUUUGCUAUUGAUAGAAUAAGGGGAUGAAGCUCUUAUUCUUUGUAAAUGAAUGCCGUCCAGUCUGUCUAGACCUGGUCUUUUAUUACCAGGUUAUAUAUUGUAUGUUCAUGAAGGUCCAUUGUAUUGGGCACUGCAGAUACCUGGUCAUUCUAUAAUUACAGCUGAUAUUUUAAUACAGGUUUCACUGCAUUGGUUUGAUAUAUUCUGGCAAAAAUGUGUGAUACUGCAAAAAACACACGGUUGUAUGAAUUACAGGAAAAAUAUACACAAGAAUAGGAGAUGGGGGGGGUCUUUGUUUGCCAAGCCCAUCUCUAUUUUUUUUUUUUUUCGUGUCAAUGUCUCUUCUGUAUGUUAUGGUUGUAAUUUAAUUAUGGGAAGUAUUUAUAUGUGCUUUGUAACCUGCAAAAAUAAAUGUGGUUUAAUAAUUGUGA